GUGGCAUGUGAUACUUUGUUUAUUUUUAAAGUUCCAACUUCCAACUUCAAAAUAUAUGUGAAAAAUGAAUUGUAGGAAGGAACGACAACUUAAAAUGGAUUUAUGCAGAUGUUGUCAUGCUAAAGGUUGUUUUCAAAGUUUAACGGAAUUGAUUAAUACGAUAACCUACGAAGAUAUGUUGAAGAUUUGCUUUGAUAUUAAGAUUUACCAUUCUCCUGAUAACACCAGACAAUAUGCUAUAUGUACUCAAUGUAUAAUGAAACUUCAAGAUGCAUAUUCCUUCAAAAUACAAGUGUUAGAUAAUGAACAGAGAUUUUCGAAGUACAAACAUGUUUUAGACACAUUUCCUGACGUAAAACUCAAACCACCAAUCGAGACUGCACCAAUAGAUUUUGUGACGCCAGACGGACCAGAAGAGGACUCUGACGAUGAUAUAGAUUUAGGUACAUUAAAGAAGUUACAAAGUAAAUCGGAUAAAAGGAUCAAAAAGGAAAAGCAUAAAAUUACAGAGAUAACAGAUUCAGAAAAAUCAGAUUAUCGAACAGUGGAUAUACGGAAUAUCGUCAAGAUAAUAGUGAUGUACUCCACUUCAACACCGUUCAGAUGGUCCUACAGCAAAUAUAUGUGUUUUUUCUGCGACAAAGUUUUCAUCAAAAUAUCCGAACUGAAACAGCAUAAUUACGAACAUUUUGAGACGAAAUUGGAUGACGCAUUGAAAUGUAUCAAUACAGAGACGAAAGUAAAAUUGGAAAUCACGGACUUGGCCUGCAAAGCUUGCCCAAAGGAUAUGCAAACGUUAGAUGAUUUUCUAGAUCAUGUCACCAUAACACACCAACAAAGCUUUAAUAACGCCGUCCGUUGUUCCAUAUUCGCUUUUCGAAUUACGGAUUCUGAGGCGCCAUGUCCGGAAUGUCAUCAAAAUUUUACCUUUUUCGGAAAUCUAUUGUCACACGUCUACAAAAAUCACCUAACAUCCGGGCCUUUGCUCUGUGACUCCUGUGGCAAGGGCUUUUUGACGAAAUUCAUGUUGAAAAAACAUAUAAAGUUAACGCAUAGCAACACUGAGUACAGCUGUCAAAAGUGCAAUCAAACCUUCAAGACGCAUGGCGCGUAUUCGUACCACAGACUAUCGCACAAGGGCGAAUUCCCUUGUCCGCAGUGUUCGGAAAAGUUUCCUUCUUGGUAUCUUCGUAAACGUCACAUUGCAUUCGUGCAUGACAAGUCAUUGCAGAUAUCCUGCGAAUUGUGUUCGAAGAAAUUCGUGAAAUAUAACUCUUUAAAAUGGCAUUUAAUGUCCGUACAUCACAAUGAUAAACCAUUUUCGUGCGAAAUGUGUGACUUUAAGUGUAUAAAUAAGACAUAUUUGAAGCGACACAUGGUUAGCCAUUUGGAUACAAGGCCAUUUCAGUGUCAUGUUUGUGUGAAAUCUUUUCAGCGGAAGGAACAUUUAGAAACACAUGUGCGAAUACAUACAAACGAUAAGAGGUUUGUAUGUAAGGAAUGUGGGAAGGGAUUUGUGCAAGUGACCGGUCUUAAAGUACAUGUAAGAGCACACCAUUCGAAGUCUGAUAGCCAAGCAAGCUAAGCCAUGAAAUUAGAGAAUGGGGUGGCCAUAUAUAAUAAACGAUAUCUGAAACUGUUUCAAUGACAGACUUACGCCCAUAUUCAACUUUGUUUAUCACGUCAAAAUCUCGUGUCGAGCCCCGUCAAAUUCUUACGCAUAAAAUGGUUUGACAGCUCUUGACAUGUUUUUUUUUUUUUUUUUUUUUAUUGGCUAUAGUUAUAGCUUUAUGCCAGUUUCAAGUAAGACAUUAGUUUUAAAUUUGAUUGACGUCCUAGAAAAUGGUCUUGUAACAGAUAAAACAAACGAAAGUCAAAAAGUAAUCUAGAUGUUUUAAUACCGAGAUAAACUAAGACUCGUGUUCCAGAAUGUUACUUAAAAUUAAAUCUAGUUUGUCAAAUAAUAUUCCUUACCGAAGUUUGACAUUUGCCUUGCUGAAGUGGAGAUUCAGGCUUGUGAUAGCUAGUACAGGCUUCAGUUUAUACUAUUUUCUUUAGUCUCAUGAAUUGGGAUGCAUUUUAAUUGUAAAAUAUACCUUGUUAUAAGAUGAAAAAUCGUAAUAUAAACAAAAACAAAACGCCAUUAUGUUUAAAUUUUACGAAAUGUUUGUCACAUAAGAGUUUACUUUUUUCUUGUCUGUGGCACGGGCCGAUGGCUCGCUCUAUAAAAUGUUUGUGGAACCUAUAUGCCAUAAAUCUAAAUAAAUAUGUGAUCAAAUAAAAUAAACUUUGAAACUACACAACUAGGUUAUGAUGAUACGCGCACGAAGUUAGAAUAUUUCUUUUGUAAUGACGAUAUAAAAUGUGAGAGCUUCCGUUUAUUUAUUUAAAGACAAUUUAGUUUUAGUUCACUCAAUAUCCGUGGCGCUGCCAACGCCUUGGGAACUUUGCAAUAAAGCUGUGAUUGUCUAUUGAGGAUUGAGUGUACCAUGUAACAAGGAAGUGCACUGUUGAUGUAUUAGACAUACCUAAACCUAUGUUUUUGCUUGGUUGACCGUUUCGAGUUUGUUGUGUCUACCUACAUUUUUGUUACUGUAUUUGUUUUGUGAAUUUUUGUAUAGGUACC